GGAAAUUCGGAGGAGCGCAUUUACGACCGUGAAGCCUGAGCCUCCCACUGUGGGGUACAAGUAAGUAACGAGUUCUGCGCUUAGGUGUGUAUUCCCAGACUUCCGCACUCUUUGUUAUUGACCAUCAUGGCACCAAUCUCAACACAAUGGUCGCGGCUGAUUCGCUUUGUCGCCGCGGAGACCGCACAAAUCCACAUCGGACAACCUGUCGACCCUAGGCUUGAUGUUGGCCUUGCUGCAUGGAACAAACAGACCAUCAGAGCUUAUGAGAUCUCUGGCUCCUCCCUUGACUCUGCCGCUCACGUUACGAGCAACGUCCUGACAGUUGAGAAGCUCCUCUCUCCUCUCUCUCGCGAAGAGAUGAAGGUCGUUCGGUGCCUGGGUCUCAACUACUCGGACCACGCAGCAGAGAUCAACAUGCCUAAGCCUCCUGCCCCAAUCUUGUUUUACAAGCCCCUGGCGUCGAUGAUCGGUCCCAACGCACCAAUCUUCAUUCCCAAGGUUGCGCAGCCUGUCGAAGAGCACCUCUCCGACUACGAGGUGGAACUCACUAUCGUCAUCGGAAAGACGGCCAAGAACGUCUCUGAGGCGGACGCUCUUGACUACGUCCUCGGGUACACUGGUGCCAAUGAUGUGUCAUUCCGCAAGCACCAGCUGACCACCUCCCAGUGGGGGUUCUCCAAAGGGUUUGACAACACGACCCCCCUCGGUCCUGUUCUUGUGUCAAACAAUGCUAUUUCCAACCCCCAGGACAUCCCCCUAACUUGCACACUCAAUGGAAAAGUUCUCCAGGACGGUAACACCAGCGACCAAAUCUUCAAUGUCCGGAAAACGAUCUCUUUCCUUUCUCAGGGAACCACCCUCGAGCCUGGAACGGUUAUCUUGACCGGAACGCCAAAGGGUGUCGGUUUCGCGAAGAAACCCGCCAUUGUACUCAAGAAUGGCGACGACUGUAGAGUAUGGUUGGGCAACGGUAUUGGCACACUCGUCAACCCUGUCAUCGAGGAAGGCCGUUACCAGGCGAAGUUGUAAAUCUGUAGCCGCAUAUACCGCCAUUCUUGUUCAUAUGCAUCCAUUAUUCUCGUGAAUUGAAGACAGCGGGUAACGGAUAUGAUACAUAGUUCUUGUGUACAAAAGUCUUAUCUCAGAUCCCACCAAAGGCAAUGAGCUUCUGAUUCAAGUACUCGUCAAUGCCGUGGCCACCCUCCCGGCCUACACAUCAAGCAUUAGAUACUGGUCAGACAGGAAGAAUGUAGAACUCACCAAUGCCACUCUCUUUCACGC